UUUCUUGACAGUCAGGCCCUCAAACCAACAGGAUCUCCUUCUAUAAUAGUGUGAAGCUGUUUGUUUAAUAUGCAUUGUAUUCUGUUUUGAAUGUUUCUGUUAAGGACUUUAUUUUGGUGUUGCGUCCUCUGCAGGGAAGGGUGUGUGUGUAGGAGGGACAGCAGGUAGAGUGUGAUGAGAGGAGACUCGUGUCGAUCUCCUCCACAGUUUUUGCUCAAUAAAAUAGUUAGUCGUCAGUAUUUUCAAGUCCAUCGUCUUUAUUUACCUUCACCCACGCGCAGCCAAAAUCCACGCCUUACAAUAGCAAACUCUGAACUAAAAGAUCAGUGCUGGUCCGGGAAGUGACACGCCUUCAAAUAAAAAACCUCUUCAAAGCAUGACCUUUGUCACUCUGAUUUCAACCACGGAAACGGGAAGAGCAAAUGUGAUUUCUUGGAAUGAAAAAAUGCCUGGUUCCAUCAAAGUCCUACGUCUUCAAUAUGACCAGAUUAAUGAAAGCAAUACUUUUAAUAGUGGGGAUAUUGUAGAGGGACGAGUUCUCUUGGAAGUGACUAAGAACUUAACUGUGGACAGUUUAUUUGUGAAGUUUACAGGUGGUGCAAAAGUAUACUGGACUGAAGGUGAAAGUAAAUAUCAUGACCAUGAGAGAUACUUCAAACUAAAGCAAGAUCUCACUCCGGGACGCUCGGGAAAAGAACGACAAAUUAUUAGUCCAGGACGACAUGUUUUACCAUUCAAAUUCCAGCUGCCUGAACAAAAUUUGCCUCCAUCUUUUAAAGAAAAGGUAUCCGGAUUUAAUUGUUGGAUUAGAUAUGCCUUGACAGCAAAGCUAAAGAGGCCUUUCAAGUCAGCGUCUACUGCAUAUGCAGAAUUAACCUUUGUGCCCAGAAGUCAUGUGACCAAUGAUCAUUUACUGAAACCACAAAAUCGCACCGAUAAGAUGAAGAACACAUUCAGCUCAGGAAAAAUAUCACUGACUGCAACAACAGACAAAACUGGCUAUAUGUUAGGAGAAACAAUCAAAGUUUGUGUAGACAUCGACAACGCUUCAUCUCGUGAUGCCAAGCUGAAAUACAGCCUCAAACAACAACAGAUGUUUAUUGCUAGCAGGACUACAAAAAGAAGCAAACACAUAAUCCAAGAGACUAGCGACUGCAUCCCAUCCGGAGAAAAGCGUAGAUUCUUGGUGAACAUCAAGCUUCCACGUGACAUAAUGGUCUCUUUUGAAAACUGCAGGAUUAUAAGAGUGCUUUACCUGCUUAAGGUCUCUCUGGAUGUGUCAUUUGCUUCAGAUCCAGCAGUUAAAUUCCCUGUGGUCAUUAUUCCACCUCUACAGCAGUGUCCUCCCUGGCAAGAUCCACCUCCACCAUAUAUGCCACCUCAACCUGUGCCUCAUCCUGGUGGAGCUCCUCCUCCAUUUGCAAGACUGUAUGAUCCAGUGCCGCCCAAUCCAGGAGCCGCUGCAGGACUGCCUGGUUCACCGUUUGGCUUCGUCUCCACCAGUUUAUGAUCCAAACUAAAGAAUCAAACCUCUGGCUAUAAUUGAUAUGCUGUUUCAAUCAUACCUUAAUGGUUUUAUCUUAUUAAAGUGACAAUUGUUAUGUAUUAUACACUACUUUUCCUAGUUUUACACUGAUUUUUUUUUCCACUGUCAGUUUGUUCACUGAGGAAAUAAUGAAUCAUUUGAAUAAGACAAAAAGGUCUGUACAUAUGUAUCAAAAUUAUAUAUCCAAGAUGUAGAAAAGACUCUGAGUUUUACAUAUGACAGGGUAAAACUUUACAUCAUCUGCAAAUGAGAUCAACAGUAGCAGAUUGCUCAGAUAUCAAUAAUGCCACAUGGAAUCUGUACAUGCAGAUUUCUACAGAUUUUCACAUUCUCAUUCAUUUAGCAGACACUUUUAUCCAAAUCAACUUACACACCCAGAGCAGUGGGCUGCCCGGGGAGCAGUUGGGGGUUCAGUUCCUUGCUUAAGGGAAUCACCUCACCUCAGUGGUAUUGGGGUGGAUAUUAUUUCACACUUCCCACCAAAAAUCCCUGCUGCUGAGGCAUGAACAUGCGACUUUUGGAUCACAAGUCCAACUCUCUAACCAUUAGAAUAUAAUAUUUAUAUUAAUUAUGUACAAUACAGUUUGUACAUUAUUUUUUUGUCUUUUGGUAUAUACUAUUUUAUCUGAGUUACUUUGGUUACCAAACAAAUGGUAAUUGUGUUUGUAAGUCCAAAUAAGAGAGUCGUCAUGAUGGACUAGGUUUGAUCCUUGUUACGUCCUUCCCCUCUGUGCCCUGCGCUCAGCUGUUAGCCCUUGUAAUCAGUGCCAGCACUGAUCACCAGACACUUGUUCUAGUUUUACUCUUAUUGGCAUCCUUGCUUUUAUUUCCCUCUCUUGUCAGUUUAUUGUUGUUACGCGUGUAGUCUCUAGUCAGCAAAACUCUGCUUACCUUCUUUGCUUUGUCCUGUCUCGUUCAACGUCUGCUUGUACGACUUGACAUAUGAACUGUGAGGUUUUGUUUCACGUGUCGCUGUGCUCAGACUGCCAGCUCGUUGAUGUCAGGUGUUCUUCAUGUAGCUGUGUGCUAACAGAAUCCUCCAGCCUUCCUCUCUGUACAGGCCGAGCUGGUGGCUUUUAUGUUUUUAGAACAUCCAGCUCUGUGUUCUACUUCUUAGUUCUGUUUUUUAAUCGGCUGAAAGCCUAAUUUUGACUUUGAUACAAUAAACUCUGUUAACCUACCUUUGUCCAGCAUUCUGUCCAUAACAAGAACGUUUUUACAUUUUUCAUGAUGUUAUUUUACAGUAGUUUAUGGUUUGUGACAAGUUGUCAGAUGGAAAGAAAACAAUUCUUGAUGAAAAGUCAAUUCUUGAGGUGCAAAUAAAAUGCCCCCGUGUCGUACUCUGCAA